UAUCUGACAGAUUUUUGCAAACUGUCAAGAAAUAAUUUGAUAGGUGUGAAUCAUUGUCAUAAUCUCUAAAAAUAAAUAUACCAUUAAAAUCAUCAACUCACAUUGUAAAUUAUGUUUUUGAAAAUUAUUACAUUAACAGCUUGACAUAAAAUAGCAUUUUCGUUUACGUGAGUGUCUUACUGACGUUCGAAAUUUCAAGUGCAAUUACAAUUUGUAAGACAUAAGUAAGUGUUCAUUGUGAAUAUGGCAUCCGGUAGUACGCUUACAAAAGCUAUAGAACUAGUAACUAAAGCCACUGAAGAAGAUAGGAAUAAGAAUUAUGAAGAAGCCUUACGUCUGUAUGAACAUGGAGUUGAAUACUUCCUUCAUGCCCUUAAAUAUGAGGCUCAGGGUGAGAAAGCGAAGGAAAGCAUCCGAGCCAAGUGUGUACAAUACUUAGAACGAGCUGAAAACCUUAAAGAUCACAUAAAGAAGGGCAAAAAAAAACCUGUGAAGGAUGGAGAGAACUCAAAAGAUGACAAAAAAAGUGACAGUGAUGAUGAAGAUGGUGAUGAUCCGGACAAAAAGAAGCUGCAGAGCAAGCUUGAAGGAGCCAUUGUUGUUGAGAAACCCCACGUGAAAUGGAGUGAUGUAGCUGGCCUGGACGCCGCCAAAGAGGCUUUAAAGGAGGCUGUCAUUCUUCCAAUUCGUUUUCCUCAUUUGUUUAGUGGAAAGAGAGUACCAUGGAAAGGAAUCUUACUUUUUGGUCCUCCAGGAACGGGUAAAUCAUACUUGGCGAAGGCGGUGGCGACCGAAGCCAACAAUUCCACGUUCUUCUCGGUCUCCUCAUCUGAUUUAGUGUCGAAAUGGCUCGGCGAGUCCGAGAAGUUGGUCAAAAACCUGUUCGAGCUGGCUCGAUCUCACAAACCCAGUAUCAUAUUCAUCGACGAAAUUGAUUCGUUGUGCUCGUCCCGUUCGGACAACGAAUCCGAAUCGGCGAGGAGGAUCAAGACCGAAAUGUUGGUUCAGAUGCAAGGUGUUGGCCAUGACACUGAGGGAAUCCUCGUUCUGGGUGCGACAAACAUCCCGUGGGUAUUGGAUUCUGCCAUUCGUAGGCGUUUCGAGAAGCGUAUUUAUAUACCACUACCUGAGGAACCAGCCAGAGCCACCAUGUUCAAGCUGCACCUGGGCAACACGCACACCGAACUCACCGACGAUGACAUAAAGGAAUUGGCCAGAAGAACAGAAGGAUAUUCGGGAGCAGAUAUCAGUAUUGUGGUGAGGGACGCCCUAAUGCAGCCAGUGAGGAAGGUGCAGACCGCCACGCAUUUCAAAAAAGUCCGGGGACCCAGUCCCAAAGACCCCAACGUGAUCGUGGACGACUUACUCACGCCUUGUUCACCCGGUGACCCGGGUGCCAUCGAGAUGACCUGGAUGGAAGUGGACGGUGAGAAACUCGCCGAACCCGCCGUCACUAUGAAUGAUAUGUUGAGAUCAGUUGCCACGUCCAAGCCCACUGUGAAUGAUGAGGAUUUAACCAAGCUGGAGAAAUUCAAAGAAGACUUCGGUCAGGAAGGAUAGGCCUCUAAAUUGCACUUAGAAUCUUUGAAUCCAAUAAAUCCUUUAAUUUUUUUAAAAAAACAUAAGUUAAAAGAUUGUGUGCAUAAUAUAUUGUUAUUGAUGAAAAUUACGCAUUGUCUAUAUUAGAGAUGUGAAGAACCUCAAGAGAAUUAGUUUUAAAGCAUUGCUUUAUUUUUUUAUUGAACCAACAUUUCACUUUUUUAUUUAUAUAUAAUAUACACUUCGUUAAAAACUAGUUUGUAUUCUAUAAAUUUUAAUAAAGUAUGUACAUUUG